UCCUGAUCCUGAUAUGUGACUUUUCAUCAAUUGCAAAUUCUACUGUCACAUGCUCAGGUGUUUUGCAUCAGAUACCUGCGCACUUGGCCCCGCCCACUCAGACCUGCUUCAUUCCCUUACAACCAUGGCAGCAGAGACAGAGCGAGGAAUACCUAUAAGCGCAGUUAGUCCACGUUAUCUGCAUACAAACUCUACAAGCCACACUGGGCCCUUCAGCGCUAUAGCAGCCCUGAUUGACAAUGCUUAUGACCCAGAUGUAAGUGCAAAGCAAAUCUGGAUAGAUAAAACAGUGUUCAAAGGCCAGGAUUGCUUCAUCUUCAUGGAUAAUGGAAAAGGCAUGGAUUAUGACAAGAUGCACAAAAUGCUCAGUUUUGGCUUCAGUGAUAAGCAAGCGGUAAAAGGCCAUGUUCCAGUUGGUCUUUAUGGUAACGGGUUUAAGUCCGGCUCCAUGCGCUUGGGGAAGGAUGCCAUCGUGUUCUCGAAGAAAGACAACAUCAUGUGUGUGGGUCUUCUGUCACAGACUUACCUCGAGAGGACAGGAGCACAGAAUGUCAUAGUGCCUAUUGUCACAUUCACAACUGCUGGAGAGACUGUCGGUGGUCCACGGAAGUAUGAAGAGUGUCUCCAUGAUAUUCUCACCUAUUCUUUGUUUAGCACUAAGGAAGAACUGCUAACUGAGUUCAAUACCAUUAAUGGCCCAUACUGCACCAACUCCACAGGAACUCGCAUCAUCAUCUGGAACCUUCGCAAAAUGUCCUCGGGUGAAUUGGAAUUUGACUUCUUGACGGAUCGCUAUGAUAUUCGGCUCCCUGUUGAUGUUAAUGAAGGCAGAAAAGUUCCAAAUAAGGGGCCAGAGAGCCAGAUAUCACCAUCAGAGAGUGAAUAUUCCCUGCGGGCAUACAGCAGUAUCUUGUACCUAAAGCCUAAAAUGCAUAUUAUUAUACGUGGGCAGAAGGUGAAAACUCAGCUCAUCUCCAAAAGCCUAGCAUUUAGCAUUCAGGACACGUACAAACCAACAUUUCUCAAAAAUGGAAUUAAAAUCACCUUUGGCUACAACACAAUAAGCAAAGAACAUUAUGGAUUGAUGAUGUAUCACAAAAACCGCCUCAUCAAAGCCUAUGAACCUGCUGCCUGUCAGCGUAAGGCCAACAAAACAGGAGUGCGAGUUAUUGGGGUAAUGGAAUGUGACUACCUCAUACCAAUGCACAACAAGCAGGACUUUGAGAAGACAGAAGAAUACAGGAAAACUAUACAAAAUGUAAGUACUAAGCUUGAGGAAUAUUGGAAGGAAGUCCGCUAUAGAAGUCAGAAAUCCAACUGCAGUGUACCUGUUGAAGAUGAUGUGAAUAAACCAGAUCAAGUCUGGGUGCAGUGUGACCAGUGUAUAAAGUGGCGAAAACUUCCUGAUGGAAUUGAUUUAUCACAGCUUCCUUAUCCAUGGUUCUGCUACAUGAAUGCUGAUCCCCAGUUCAGGAGUUGUACAGUUGAAGAGGAGCCAGAGUAUUCGGAUGGUGAACAACCCAGAAACCAGAAAACUUACAAACAGGAUGAGAAAAAUCAGAAGUUGCAGAAGGAGAAGAUCAGAGAGCAGACAGAGCUGGAGCAGAAAGAGGCAGAUGAGAAGCUGAAGUUAGCUUUGACCAAAGAAUCAGCUGAUCACUUAAAGGCACAAAAGGACCUUAUGCACCAGCUCAAACAUGGCAGCCCUGUCCAAGGAACACCUUACUCCCCGACUCCUAACUCCCGUCGACAGAGAAAUGCAGAUCCCGCUCCCUCACCUAUUUCAACAAGGAAAAAGAAACCCAUUGGCCCGAGCCAAGAGAAUGUAGAAAUGAAGAGAGCCAGAAUAGGAGACAGUUUUGGAAGCAACUCACCAAGCAGGCCAUCAACAUCCACAGCCUUACCUGAGUUCUGUUCCCCACAAAUCCUAAACAAUUCUGUUGAUGUUUGUGAUCAAGUAACACAGAAAUUUAAUGAAACAACUUUGCUCCAUGUAUCCUUCAGGGAUACCAGCAUUGCAACCCAGACUCAACAGGUAAAGGAGGACGAGGGAGAUAGAGAAAGGAUGGAAAAAGAAAAGGGGAGCACAGAUGGAGAAAAUGUUAUCAGUUGUUCUGAAUCUGAAAAUAAUCUCAAGAGGAAUACAAACAAACAACUGAUAAGAAAUGAGGAAAUAAGAGUCCAGCAGAAGAGUGUACCAAGCUCAAAACUAUCUCCAAGUACAGUUGAGUCAGAAGAAGAACUAAAGCAUAUGGAGGUCUCAGAUGAUAUAAGGCAAGGAUGUCAGACUUCAACAAAACUGCAAAGCUCAGUUCUUGAUGUGUUGGAGGCCCAGAAGCAACAGGACAAACUGCUGGAACUCCUGGAGGAGGUGACAAAGGAGAGAGAUGAGAGCCGCGCUCAGUUGCUUUCCCUCGACUCACAAGUGGAUGAGCUAAGGAGCCAGUUGCUGGAGCUCAACCAAAGCAUGACCAGCCCAAAGGAGGCACAAGACUACAAAGUGCUGUAUUUGCAGGGCAAGAAGGAGAUAAAGCUGCUCCAAGAAGAGCUUAGUGGGCUGAAGUUGGAAAAAGAAGAGAGGGAGAGAAAAGGCCAGCAAUCUAUGUUAGAGUGUGAUGAUGAUCUGGCUUGUCAAAUGGACAUUCUGUUAAGGGAAAUUGACCAGAGAAACAAGGAGCGAGAAGAGCUACAGGUUAAGGUGGAGAGUCUAGAAAAUGAGAACUGCUCUUUGUCAACCUCCUGUGAGAGCCUGAAGAAAGAUUUAGAGGAGAUGAAGAGAGAAAGUGAAAAGGUCAAGGUACGUACAGAAGAUCGAGUUGUCCAGACAGAUUUUCCUACAUGUUCCCAUGAAGAAAGUACAACAACGUCAGCAGAAGCCUCCAACUUAGGAAGAAGGACAGAUCUUGGUAUACAGCAGCAUGAGACACAGGACAGACCAGAGAUUGGGCAAGACAACAAUAACCUACAGACAAGUGAAAAUGAAGAUAACUCGCCCCGAUCUGGACCUUCAGCAGGUGAAUUGCGAUUGUGAUGCCAUUGAUGAGAUUCUCGAUCAGGUUGUAAAUGAGAUCUCCCCUGCAGAGACAGCAUCUACAUAGAAAAAAUGGUGACCAGAAGAGCACAAACCUUUAAGUCACAUUAAUCAUUUAGUAGUUUUAAUGCAUAAAUAACUAUAUACACUGUUGUUUUUGACAAAACAUGAAGAUUUUUAUUACUUGCCUUUUGAUUGAUUAAAUGGAUAGGCAGCUAUUGCAAGUUGUGCAGCCAGAGGACUGUUCGAAAUUGAUUUGGACCCAAGUUUACCAUUAAUAACAUUUAAUUAUGUUUAUAUAAUUAAUUCAGGUGUCUCUUGUGAAUAGAAAUUUUAGGAGUGGAGUAACUGCCAUAUUACAUGUAACUGCCAUACAAUGUGCAUCUGGUUAUCCUUAUGUGACAAUCUCAUUAAAUACUAUAAAGAAACAGAGUGAAAUUAAUGCAGCAAAAAGAGAGAAACAAAAGACAACAAAGACAGAGAGCAAGGAAAAAGGAAGCUGUGGAAAAUAAACUAAAUGAAAUGGGGAAAUUGUUAUAUGACAUAAAGAAAUUGAAUAUAUCUGAUUAAAACUGUGAAGAAAAAGACCUAGAAGGAACCUGAGUCAACCCAAAGAGGAACAGACACUGUACCUAGACAGUUGAAUCAAGACCCAUCAUCUUGCUGAAAGAAGAUUAUAGAAUUAUGUUUCAUUUACCUUUAUAUGAAUUUUCUUUUCCAUUUUAUAGAAUGAUAAGUUUCAUUUACCUUUAUAUAUGAAUUUAUGUAACCAUUGUGUGAUUAAGAAAUUAUAUAAUUUUCAUUAGUAUGUUUAGAUAUUAAGAUAGAGAGUAACAGUGAAAGCUUAAAAAAGAAAUCACAAGUUUUGUGUCAGCAGCUUUGUGUCAGCCAAAUAAGAACACACAGUCAGCCGUGCAGCUUAGGAGACUUCUCAGGAUGUUUUGCAAAAGUAUGAGAUCAUGAGAGACCUGAAAGGAUGCGGACAGAAGCAGAAUGACCAUUAUGAGAUCAUACUAAGAAAUGUUAUAAAUAGGGUUUUAGAACCAGUUACCAGUGUGCAUUCACGUUGAGGCAAGCUCAGUGUACUAUACUCUGUUAUUGCUUAUAUCAGGAGAACAAACGCAAGCUUACACUUGGAGAGUGUUUCCUGGUUUGUUUUAUCUUUGCAUUUUACUUAUUUCUACUUAUGCUAGAAUUGUUUGACUAUUUGAAGGAGAUUUUGUUUAAAAUUUUCUUUUCUUUUACAUUACAUUUGCAUUACACUACUUUUAAUAAAAACAAGGCCUCCCAUUGUGAGGAUC